AUGCGGCUCAAAAAUGGAACAACGGAAACAACUUCACUUCUUCUGAGUUCGAGUACAGAAGCUAGUAUUGAAACUAAUACAAGCCCUGAGACUAUCGAGGAGGAAUGUGUUAAUUUUGAAGAGGUAUUAAUAAAACCUGAAAUUGAAACUGGUGGGGUCGAAGGUGGAUUUUCAUGGUUUAAAUUAUGGAAAUAUACGGGUCCUGGAUUUUUAAUGUCAAUAGCAUAUCUAGAUCCAGGGAAUUUAGAAGCAGAUCUUCAAAUUGGGGCAGUGGCUGGUUAUUCUUUACUUUGGGCUCUUUUAUAUGCACACAUCGCUGGUCUUUUGAUUCAAUGUUUUGCAGCUCGUGCAGGUGUUGUCACCGGACAACAUCUUGCACAACUGAUAAAAAAUAAUUAUCCACGUCCCAUAUCAAUAAUGUUAUGGAUAAUAACUGAAAUUGCUAUCAUAGGAUCAGACAUUCAAGAAAUAGUUGGAACUGCAAUUGCUCUUAAAAUACUUUUCGGGUUGCCUUUGUGGUUAGGAACAAUGUUGACAGCACUUGAUACUUUCAUUUUUAUGUUAUUACAGAAUUAUGGAGUGAGAAAACUUGAAGCAUUUUUUAUGACGUUGAUUACCACGAUGGCUAUAUGUUUUUGGAUCGAAAUGUUUUUAAGUGGUUUCAAUGCAGAAGAAAUUGUAAAAGGAAUUAUUAUUCCACAUGUGCCACGACGAGCAAUAAUACAAUUGGUUGCAAUGGUUGGAGCUGUAAUUAUGCCACAUAAUUUAUAUCUUCAUUCAGCCCUGGUAAUGACACGUAAGACUGAUCCAUCAUCACAUGUCAAACUUAAAGAGGCAAAUUUUUAUUUUGCAAUAGAAAGUGCAGUUGCUUUAUUAGCAUCAUAUUUAAUAAAUAUGGCAAUUGUUGUUGUCUUUGCUCAAGUAUUUUAUUCUCCCAAUGAAGAAAAACCUUUACCAGGUUUAUAUGAUGCUGGUAAAGUUUUAUCAAAUACUUUGGGUUAUGCUUCAAAAUAUUUAUGGGCUUGUGGAUUAUUAGCAGCAGGACAAAGUUCUACAAUGACUGGAACAUUAGCAGGUCAAUUUGUAAUUGAAGGAUUUUUUGGUCAAGUCUUAAAAAAACCAUGGCAUCGAAAUGCUAUCACUCGUGGUAUUGCAUUGGUCCCUUCUAUGUUUGUUGCUGUAUUUGCGGUUGGUAACUUUGAUGCAAUGGGAGAAUUAUUGAAUGUUCUCCAAAGUCUUUGUCUUCCUACUGCGAUAAUUCCUUUACUUAAAUUGACAAGUUCUGAAGAAGUAAUGGGAAUUAGUUUUAAAACAAAUAAAUUUUGGAAAAUUACUUCUUGGACUCUGGCAGCAAUUAUCAUUGGUAUAAACCUAUUUUUAUUAGUUUUGUAUUUAGAAGAGUUAGACAAUAUAUUAUUAGGAUAUGUUUUUGGAAGCAUUUAUUUUGUUUUUAUCGGAUAUUUAUCAUUAUUACCUUUAAACGGUAAUAAAAAUAAUUUACAAAAUAUAGAAAGUUAA